UUAAUCUGAGAGCUCACCGUUUUAUAACAUCUACAGUCUAAGCGUUUAUUCAUGGAUUUACGGAGAGAGAGACAAAGCACGCGAAUGUGAAAGGCAAUGCCAGAACUGUGGAAAAUGGAGGAGUGCAUCCGUAGCGUGACAACUCAAGAUCUCAGACCCUUGUAGACCACUGAGUAAUGAGAAUUAAACUUUCCAAGAUCUGAAUGACUUCAGUUUAAACGUAAAGAAACCCCAAAGAGUUCUCCUCACCCAGAGGCUGCCAACGCAUCAUCCAGCAAGAAAUUAAUAAUCAGAUUUUCUAGUGGAGGAGUUUUGUUUUCUUAUCCUUCAUAAAUUCUGUCCCAGCGCCCCUGUUGGGGCCAUGCCCCACCUGUUGAACAAUGACACUUCCUUCAGCUCCAAGCAAGAGCUUCUGGUCCUACAUAACAGUCCAUUGGGACCCAGUCCAGACACUCCCAGUCCUGUGGAGUCCCAGGACUCUGGUUCAGGCAGCCCGUCUGGAGAUGCCCACACUCCACUCCACAAUACAGGCAAACUAGGGCUGGAGCUCACAGAUCCCCCAAUUGGGUUGAAGUUUGUCCCAACAGACUCUGAGAAUCUGUGUGGAUGGGGAGCACUGACCCCGCGGUGUAUCCAAACAUUCAACACCCCACGAUGGGUUCUGUUCUUCCUCUGUGUGGCCUCCUUCCUCCAGGGCAUGAUCAUCAACGGCUUCAUCAACACCGUCAUCACCUCAAUUGAGAGACGUUUUGACCUGCGCAGCUACCAGGCAGGACUCAUUGCAAGCUCCUACGACAUUGCUGCUUGUUUGUGCCUGACAUUUGUGAGCUACUUUGGCGGUACUGGUCAUAAGCCUCGAUGGCUGGGUUGGGGUGUGCUUGUCAUGGCUCUGGGCUCUCUAGUCUUUGCCUUGCCCCAUUUUACCACACCGGCCUAUCAGGUGAGAGUACCAGAGCGCCUGGGACUGUGCUCAGAAAAUCACACAGAGACGUGCGUUGGCGAGGAAGGUGGGCUCUCGGCGUACCGAUAUGUGUUUAUGCUGGGCCAGUUUCUUCAUGGCGUUGGGGCAACCCCACUAUACACCCUUGGGGUCACAUACCUAGAUGAGAAUGUCAAGUCAAACUACGCACCAGUAUAUAUAGGGAUCUUCUACACAGCUGCCAUUGUAGGACCUGCAGCCGGAUACCUGCUGGGUGGAUUCUUUCUCAACAUUUACACUGAGAUUGGCCAAACGACAGAACUAACACCUGAAAACCCGCUGUGGGUUGGAGCUUGGUGGAUUGGUUUCCUGGCAGGAGGGGCGGCAGCUCUGCUUAUCGCUCUGCCUAUUCUGGGUUACCCACGGCAGCUGCCAGGCUCUCAGCGCUAUGUGGCCAUGCGUGUCUCAGAGGCUCACCAGCUAAAGGAUGGCAGUCAGGUCACAGCAUCUGAUCCUCAGUUUGGAAAAACUGUAAAAGACAUGCCCAGGUCAAUGCUGCUUCUAUUAAAGAACCCUACCUUCAUCUUUCUGUGUCUUGCUGGUGCUACAGAGGCCACUCUCAUAGCUGGGAUGUCCACGUUUGGCCCCAAAUUUCUAGAAUCUCAGUUUAGUCUGAGUGCUUCGGAGGCAGCAACCUGGUUUGGGUAUAUGGUAGUGCCAGCUGGCGGAGGUGGCACCUUCCUGGGUGGCUUCAUUAUAAAGAAGCUGAACCUUCGCUGUCGUGGGAUCAUCCGUUUCUGCAUGCUGUGUGCACUUGUCAGUCUCAUGGCUAUCUUCAUCUUCUUGGUGCACUGUCCUAAUGUGCCCAUGGCUGGGGUAACCAUCUCAUACUACAGCAACGUAACACACAACCACAACAGCGCCCUCUACCUGCAGAAAGACAAAAACAACAGCAGCUUCUCAGAUCUGAGCAACCUGACCGUAGGCUGUAACGUUGGAUGUCACUGUGUAGAGGAGUCAUUCAACCCUGUGUGUGGUGCAGAUGGAGUGAUGUAUUUCUCUCCCUGUCAUGCCGGCUGCAGUUCCCUCAACCACACCUUUGGUCCAAGAGGCAGACAGGUGUUCUCUGGCUGCAGCUGUGUGGCUGGGAAUAUAUCAUGGGGAGAGCAGGGUUUUGCUGAAGAAGGGAGAUGUGUGUCGUCCUGCAAUCACAUGCCGGCCUUCCUCACCUUCCUCUUCAUCCUCAUCUUCUUCACUUUCCUCUGCAGCAUCCCUGCACUUACUGCCACACUGAGGUGUGUUCCUGACAGUCAGAGAUCAUUUGGACUGGGAAUCCAGUGGAUUGUGGUCAGAACUCUGGGUGGGAUCCCGGGCCCCAUAGCGUUCGGCUCUGUGAUCGACAUCUCCUGCCUGCUGUGGGAGGAGCAGUGUGGGGAAUACGGUUCCUGUUACCUGUACCACAACUCAGCCAUGAGUCAGUACUCGCUCGUCGCCGGCAUCAUCUACAAGGUUUUAGGCACUUUUUUCUUCUUGCUGGCCACCCUGCUUUACCAGCCGCCCCCUGAGUCUCCUCAGAGCAGCUGCGAGAGCACAGAUGUAGGAGAGAGCAGAGACCUCCCCAUCAAAGACCACCCUGCUGAAAUCAUCUCCAACCCACAUGCCAAAUUAUGACCCUAGUCCACAUCUGCACUGACAACUCACCUCAGAGAAUGUGUGUAAGGAUGAGAAUGAGUGUAAGGUCAAACACCAUCACUGUGCCCUGACUUUUUGACUGGACAUCCUUCCCAACAUACACUUGUGAAUUAUAAACUAGAUCAACCUUGAGAGGGAAAGCCUCCGUCACAACGAUAGACCAAAGGUCAGCGUGAAACACACUGUAUUUUACAGUGUCCUUGUUACAGUGUAAUUGUAUAUUUGAGGGGGUAGUUCACCCAAAAAUAAACAUUCUGUCAUUUACCCAUCCUUUACUUGUUCCAAAUUUGUUGGUUUCUUUAGGUGUACGCAAAAAGACGAUAUUUUGAGGAAUGUUUGCAAGCAGCAGCCAUUUGUUUUUUUUUUACUAUGGAUGUCAGUGACUGCUGGUUUUCAACAUUCUUCAGAAUAUCUUCUUUUGUGUUCAACAGAAACUCAUAAAAGUUUGGAACCACUUGAGGGUGAGCGGAUAUUGAGGAAAUGUACAUGUUUGGGUGAACUUUGCCUUUAAGGUGAGACACUGCAGGCAAAAAAAAAUUUGCUUUAAUUUCAGGGCAAUGAAAAGAAUACAAUCAAAAUUCACUAUUAAGAUUUUUUUAACACUUUAAAAAUAUGUGUCUGUAGAUUUAGGUUGUAAUACACAUUUUUAAAGACAAAAUCCUGUCAAAAUUAGCUUUUUAUCCUCCUCACUGAGCCACAAAUCUUCACUUCACCAGUGCUAAAAGUACAUAUAUCAAGCUGUGCAGUUAUAUUCAUACCUACUGUAUAUAGACUGUACAUAAUUUGCCUGAUUAUAUACUUGUACUAUUAGGUUUAUAUGUAAUAUGUCAUAAAUGAAAACAGAAUUUUGAACGUCAUCUAUGGUUUAGACCUUUUUGCUGGACUUUUAUGCAAAUCAGCACAUAUUUAAUUAAAUAAAACCUCAUUUGAAUAUUUAAACAUUUCUUUUUUACUUUUAAUACAAAAAAACACAGCAAUUCUUCGUGGAACUGUGGCAGAGGUCAGCUAGUGAAUAGCUGUGCAGGUAAACCUCACUCCUCUGACAUCUAAACGUGCUCUAGCUAGAAGCCAUGGUCUUUAGCCUCCUUGUUAGAGCAACCAACUCCCAUAUGAAGAAUCGCGAUCCCAGCUCAGAGCGGGAUGGGUGCAGUAGGACCAGCUGGGUUACAUUGGUGCAGUGACCCGGAUGGGAGUGAGGUUUAGGGGGUGAGUGUGGCACAGGCCAGCUAGUGAAGUGCUGUGCAGGUAAACCUCACUCCUCUGACAUCUAAACGUGCUCUAGCUAGAAGCCAUGGUCUUUAGCCUCCUUGUUAGAGCAACCGACUCCCAUAUGAAGAAUCGCUAUCCCAGCUCAGAACGGCAUGGGUGCAGUAGGACCGGCGGGCUUACAUUGGUGCCGUGACCCGGAUGGGAGUGAGGUUUAGGGGGGUGAGUGUGGCAGAGGCCAGCUAGUGAAGUGCUGUGCAGGUAAACCUCACUCCUCUGACCUCUAAAGGUGCUCUAGCUAGAUGCCAUGUUCUUUAGCCUCCUUUUUAGAGCAACCGACUCCCAUAGGAAGAAUCGCAAUCCCAGUUCAGAGCGGGAUGGGUGCAGUAGGACCGGCGGGGUUACAUUGGUGCAGUGACCCGGAUGGGAGUGAGGUUUAGGGGGUGAGUGUGGCACAGGCCAGCUAGUGAAGUGCUGUGCAGGUAAACCUCACUCCUCUGACCUCAAAAGGUGCUCUAGCAGCAGACGCUAGACGCCAUGGCUCAUUGUUAGAGCAACCGACUUCCUUGCGAAGAAUUGCUGGUUCGAUCCCAGCUCAGAAAGGGAUGGGUGCAGUAGAAGCAGCGGAGUUACAUAAUCAACUGACUGUAAAAGUAUGGUGAUAAGUUUUUUUUAUUUCAUUCACCUGCAGUGUCUUGCCUUGAAUUUUGAGUUAUAUUAACUGACAAUAUGUACUUGAUAUAAAGAUUAUUAUGCAUAAUUUACUGUUUCAAGUGCAUGUAACUAUGAUACUGUAAAAUAUGGUUUUACCCAAACAAAUUACAAAAACUAAAGCAAAAGCUAAUUGAAAUUGAAUGAUGUAAACUGACAUUAUUUAUAUGAAUUAAAUUAAAGAUUAGAGCAUUUUGUAAGGAAAAAGCCAUAGGUGAUUUGAAAAAAGAGCACUUAAUAUAAAUGUAACACAAAGAGAGAUAAUAUGAAGUGUUACGCUUUUAUAAAUUGUAGAAAAUGAUUAAUACAAAUGCUGCUCAGUUACAGUAUCCAUGAAGGAAAACUGACAAUUAGUUGCAAACUGUGCCUUUAAUGAGUUUUGCAUCAAUCAGCACAGUUAGAACAGAAAAAAAAAGAUCCUAAUGUCCUACUCAUAAACCCUUAAAUCUCUCUAAAUUGCACUUUAAUCUCACUUCACUGAUGGAAAACAGCAUCUAAACCAUGUACAGUAGUGAAAUAUGUGCCAUUAAGCUGCAUUUUGUCCGUAACACAUAGUUCUAGGAUGGCAUUCUGUUACCAUCUAAAGCAUGUAAGAUUUUUUAUAUUUCAUUUUCAUUCAUUUUGAAUAAAAUGUGGCAAAAUACUGUAGCUCAGGAAUGAGCAGGACAAGCUUCGGUGUCACAUAGAGAUGCAAAGGAGAGAUGAAGGUUUACAAAAUUACCUUUUUGCAACUGUAUGCCAGGUGGGAGUUUCCAGAAAAGCACUUCACUUUGAGAUUACACUGGAAAAUAUUAUUGCACUGAUUUUUUUUAGCUAUAUUUACAGUAGAAUGGCACUGUAAAACAUGAAAGGACAAAGUUAUUGGUUGUUUGAAUAGCAUUUUAUAUUCCUUUUUGUACGUAUGUAGCAAGAUUUUUUUGUUUUGUUUUGGAACAUUGAAGUACCACAAGCUGCUUAAAUCCAAAUAUAAGAAGCGUAACUAACAUCUCUGUUAAUUUAAUAUACAUCUACAUUUAAACUUCAUUUGUGGGGUUUAACUAAUGCAUCUUACCAAUGAUACACUAUGUUGAGGUUUUUUUAUUUAUUAUUAUAUGCAUUUGUUAUGAUUACUUUUCUCAUGUUUGUUUUUUGUUUGCUAAUGUGACGGAUUUAGAAUGAUUACAUCGACUCUCAUAUGACAAACCCUGAAUGACAAUGAUGCACUCAGAAGUUGAAGAUUUGCACAAUGAAUUUGAACAUGCAACAACAAAGCGUGGCAUGAUGUUUGUAUUUGACUCGUGUUGGUUUUUGUGUAUUUUUUUACCCCAACAACUUGUCACAAAAGGAGUUUGUGAGUGGGCCUGUUCUUGUCUUUAUUGAUAAGUUUGCGUGAUUUUCUUUUCAAACCAUUGUGUUUCUAAUCACCUGCUUUGUAAUUAGUUUUGGUACUUUCUUUGUCAAGUAAUUUUUAUGCAGCUGUUUCGAUAAAAGUUUUAAGCAA